GCCACUCUUCUGUCACUCGACUUUGUCUUCUCGCUCUGCGACCAGCAUACGCCUGCUCCCUCCCCUAUCGAGCUCCGACUGUGAAGGAGCCCUUUGUUUCUUUGCGCAUCCCAAGCGACACACGGAUUGCAACCCACCACGCUCAACAUGACGGACAGCUUCAAGAAUGCCAUGAUCAACCGGGCGUUGGGCGACAUCAAGAACAACCUCCAAUUUCUCGUCGAAUCCAACGUCCUCAGCUCUGCGCAACACGAUGCGAUUGCUGCCCAGCUGCCCGUCUCAGCCGAGAACAGCACCCGCAUGCUUCCCGCCGCCGCCGUGCCGACUCAGCAACUCGCGCAGAUGAACAUCCAGAGCCAGCCCACGCCGCCGCCAGAGAAGAAGGCGGCCAACGUUGGCUACUACGCCGACGCGCCUGCCAACGCGCCGCCGCCAGCCUACCCCUCUGUUCCCGCCGCCCCCGCAGGGCCCCCCGUGCUGUGCCACGCCUCGGCCAUGUACCAGUACAACGCCCAGGACGCCGGCGACCUGGCCCUCAUGCCCAACGACAAGAUUGCCGUCACCGAGUACAUGAACAACGAGUGGUGGAAGGGCCGCAACGAGCGCACAGGCAUGGACGGCAUCUUCCCCGCCAGCUACGUCCGCAAGGAGGAAAAGAGCGUCAUGCCCGCCUACACGCCCCCCGCCCCGGCUCCCUCCAACUACGGCAACAUGCCCCUCGACGUCGCCUCGAGCGCACAGGCCCCGCCCGCUGAGCCCAGCAAGGUCGAGACCCAGGGCAAGAAGUUUGGCAAGAAGCUGGGUAACGCGGCUAUCUUUGGUGCAGGUGCGACAAUUGGUGGAAACAUUGUUAACUCCAUCUUCUAGUCUGGGAAGAUGGGGCGUCUUUGUUGUGUGUUUUUUUUGGGGGGGGGACAGGUUGAAAGGGGGAGGGUAAUGUAUGUCGGGUUCUGAACAGAUUCAUGUCCAGACGCUGGCUUUCUUUUCAGAGGCGUCUGGUGGCGUUUUGUUAUCAUGACAUGUUUAUCAUCCAUUGUCUGGUAUCUCCUUGGUUAUGUCAUUUGCGAUUUUUCUUUUUAAAAAAAAUGCUGAUUUGAGCUACGUGCAAGGACUUAGAAUGAAAUUUACUUCUUAAU